AAACCCAACACCAGGAAAAAAAUGCUUAAUUGUUUACACAUUUAAAAUGUAAAAUUGAAUAAAUCGGGCACCAUAAAUUGUUUGUACAAUAAACAGAAAAUAAUUAGUUUAAGGAAAUAUUCUGUGUAGCUGAAUCGGAAAAUUAUAAUACGAAACUGUGGAUUCAAUUAAGGUCCUGAAUGAUGAAAGAGUAUCCGUCAAUUAGUGAAUCAAGUGAUUAAUUUCUUAAUUUUUGGGGUUUCUUGGACCCAUUUUGCCUGUCCUGAUGUCUAGAGGUAAAGUGAGGACGGCGGGAGACCAGUGCGCUGACUGUGGUGCCUCAGUUUUCCCAGCUGUAUUAUGAUCAUGUGACUGAAAGUAGCCAUUUGAUGCUGACGAAAGCAGGGAGAUAAUCUAAAUAGUACAAAGGGAGAAAAAUGUUGCAUUUACGGAUGCAGGGGGAUACGAAUAUGCAGUUGCAUCUCAAAUCAGCGGAAGUCAAACCUAACUGGGCAUCCAUUAACAGAGGUGUAUUAAUAUGUGAUGAGUGUUGCAGUGUUCAUAGAAGUCUAGGUCGACAUAUUUCUCAAGUCAAGUCACUCAAAAAGGGGCAAUGGUGUCCUACACAACUUGCAAUGGUCCAGCACUUAGCCAGUCAUGGCGCCAACAAUAUAUGGGAGUACUCAUUAUGGGAUCCCUCACAGAAACAUGGCCGACGUAAACCAACUUCUCGGGACCAAGUGCAUCCUGUGAAGGCAGAUUUUAUACGAGCCAAGUACCAAUUCUUGUCAUUUUUGAACAAAAGUAGAGAUACAGAUAUAACGUCAUUAGAUGACAUAAGUCAGCAAUUACAUUCAAGUGUUCGAACAAACAAUUUAGAAACAGUCCUGAGGUUAAUAUCUAAAGGUGCUGAUCCAAAUUAUUAUCACCCUGAAAAAGGGAAUUGUCCAUUACACGUGGCUGCUGGAUCAGGUCAGAUCUUACAGAUAGAGCUUCUAGUCAUUUACGGUGCUGACCCCGGCGCACUUGAUGCGUUCGGGAAAACACCCAUUGACUAUGCCAAAGCUGAGGGUCAUGAAGAUAUAGCAAACCGCCUUAUUGAGUGCCAAUAUGAACUAACAGACAGACUAGCAUAUUAUCUUUGUGGAAAGAAACCAGACCACUAUAAAGGGCUGCAUUUUAUCAUCCCAGAAAUGGCCGACAGUAGUUUAGAUAUGUCAGAAUUAGCCAAACAAGCCAAGAAAAAAUUACAACAGCUGUCCAACCACCUUUUUGAAGAAUUAGCUAUGGAUGUUUAUGAUGAGGUAGAUCGCCGAGAAAACGACUCGGUCUGGUUGUCAACACAUGACCACACGUCAAUAGUCAGUGAUCGACAAGCUGUUCCCUUUCUUCCAGUCAACCCUGAAUUCUCUGCCACAAGGAAUCAGGGUCGGCAAAAACUUGCACGAUUCAAUGCCCGAGAGUUUGCCACCUUAAUUAUAGAUAUACUCAGUGAUGCCAAAAGACGACAGACUGGAAUAGCCUCCCCGCCACUUACAAUUAAAGAAAAAAUGGAAAAGAGAGAGAGUUUGCCUGCUACACCAUCAUCAUUUCAUCGUGUUGCCAAUAGUUUCGCUAGUGAUGACGAACCAUUGUACGACAGUGUGGCAUCAGACGAAGACUAUAGCAGUGUAGACAACCUUAGUCUACAAAAUAUGAAGACUGAUGAGUCGGCAAAUGAUACUUCACAAGAUAUACACAUGCAUCAUGAGGAUAAAGAAUCUACUCCAGUCCCGGUUUCCUCUUCGGAAUAUAGGAAGUCCACAACAGACGUGCCAAAUGAGAGUCAUAUGCCGCCAGAGGUGGAGGAAGUGCUAGAGAUAAGGCAGGCCUUGAUGCACUCGCAGUCAGAGGUUCGACAACUCAUACAGGCAAAUAAAAACCUUCAGAACGAGGUGGAACGACUAAAUAACCUGGUACAUACUUUAGUGCAUGAGAAUGCAAUGUUGCGGGAACAACAACAACAGUUAUUGCGAGGUCAAGGUCACAUGCAGAAUGGGGUUGAAGGUGAGGACCAACUGGGCAGGAUUCCCGGGGUCCAGUCUCGAUCCUCAAGAAACAGUGGUGGUGCUCGGCCACAGUCAAUGUUCGAGCCAAGGAAUCAAGAGAGAUUAUCGCAGAAAUCUAAUAAGAGCCAGUCAAAAGAUGACCUGUAUCCUGUACAGUCUGGGGGAGAUAUGCAUCAUGUAGAAGAAAACAAGUCAUCAAAUACAAGUUCAGGAUCAUCAUUUUCUCAGGGCAGCGGUGAGCUACGCAAUGACUCGCUAGGCCACUAUGACAACCCAAUGUCACACUAUGACAAUCCACGCUCACUACCAGUUGAACAAUGUGCAAUAAGGGAAAAACCUGAUUAUGAGAGUUCACGAGGGGAGAGUAUGGAAGGUAUCGAGGGCUUCCCCACCUUAGAACUUCUCAUGCAAAAGACGGAAAAAAUAACCAAAAAAAUCCAGGAGCUAUUACUCUCAGCACAAGAACGCAGUAUUGCCAGUUAUGGGCCUUGUGCAGAUAAUAUCCACGCAGCAGUAUUAGAGAUGGCGGCAGUGUUCCCACAGAAACCUUUCUCAGAAAGCGUGAAAUGUGCAUUGCAUUUAUUGAUGACCAGUGCAGUUCGACUUCAAGAAGAAUGCGAGGAGUGUAUUGACCUGCCCUCCGACCCCUCGGAGGAGUUGACCUUUGAUCCCUCAAUAAAAACGCAACAAGUGAUUCAGUGUGCCUAUGAUAUUGCCAAAUCUGCUAAGCAGCUUGUGACUUUGUUUCAAUGAUUAUUACAACCAUUUUGAAAGCAUCUGGUUGAUCCGGAUUAUUCUUUGUAAAGGGAGACAAUUUGAAUUGGAAUUGUCUUCUUGAUUAAGGGAGAAAACUCACUGCAUAAGAAAUAGAUUCUUGUGACAGGAAGACAAUUUUACCUACAGGAAAUAGUUUCCUGUUAUUAAAAGGGAGGCAAUUCUUCAGUGUAGUGAAUAGUUUCCUGUAAUAGGGAAACAAACAACUGAAAAGUGAAUUGCAUUUUUAAAACGGCAGAAAACUGUUAAGGAAAUGAUGUCCUGCUGAAGGAGACAUAUUUAUGUAUUAUGUUAACAGAAAACUAUUUAUAGUAUUUUUAAAGGGAGGCAAUUAACAGUGAAUAUAUUCUCCUAAAUGAGAGAUGAUUUACUGAAUAGGUAAUGGCUUCCUAUGGAAGAGAAUAGGAAGUGAUGAAAAUGUGUUCUUUCUACAAGUAAAUCAUUUUGUUAAAAGAGGAUGUGCUUUAUGCUAUGCGGCCUAGAGAUCAAACACAACAUUUUUUUUGUGGCAUGAAUCAUGCUACUUUGCUCUUGGAUGAGCAGAAAAAGCAUGGGACACUAGAGAGGUUGAGAUUUCAAGACAACUACAUUGGCGUCUGCUUAAAAAAAUUCUGAAAAUGCAGUUACGCAUUAUUUUACAUGUUUGAAAACUUUAAGUUAGGUUUUACAAGAACAUGUUGAAAGUGUACUGCUAAAUUGUAUGAAAAUUGUAAUUUUUUGAAAGUAGGCACGUCAGACACACUUUUUAAACAAAAAAUGAAAUUCUGUUAAGUACAUUAACCCUAUGUACACUAUGCAACCGAAACAACAUCUAUAUAUCACAUGAAAGUUGAGUCCAGAGGAAGUCAUAUAUCUCAGCUGUUGAAAAUUAAAGCUGACAUCCUAUUUUUGUUACAGUAUCAUACUAUACAGUCCAUAACAAGAAUAUUGUAUGUAAAGGUUUCAACAGAUUUGAAAAUAGAAGCUGUUGAUGAAAGCAUUUUUCCUUUUAAAGUGAAUGUUGUCCUGCAGGGUGACUUGCUUAGAAACAAUUUGUCAGGCCCUGGCUUCUGUCCCUGUAUGCAGAUAUAACUGACCAUAACAAACAUCCAAGACAUGGACUGAGGUACCAGUAUAUGUAUGAAAUCACAACCUCUCUAGUUUGACAUCGAAGAAGAGAUUAUCAUUGUGUACCAAAGAAAAACAGAAAAUAUUUAUAUUUAGGCUAGAUUUAGCAUAUCUUUGUUAUGCUCGUGCAUUUACUUUCAUUCAUUUAUUAUGGAUUGCUCAUUUAGGUGUAAUAUUGUGAAAAUCUGUUCUGAUAAAUGGAUGAGUUGUAAUCGAAGAAAAGAAACCCCAAAGUUUUGAUACAUGUAAAUUAUAAGUUAAUUUUUUAGUUCAUAACCAUUGAAAUUAUUAAUUUCAUUGAAAUGAAAUAUGAGUUUAACCAAAUUUAUAGUUUUCAAAUUUUGAAGAUAAAAUUAAUGGGGACUUUUUAUUUAGAUUUUUUUUUUUCAGUUAUUGUCGUAACCAAGGUGCCCACAAACAUUUCUUCCCUUCUAAUGUUAAUGAUUUUACAAUAUGUACUUGGGUCAGUUACAGUUAAAGAAUUAGUUGUUUGUUCAUGUAAAGCAUUUGUUAAGAUUUCAUUUGAUUGAACAAAGUUGUUUAAAAAUAAUUUUAACACAUUGAGAAUUACUUAUUUUCAAGUGUUUACACUAACACUUAAUAGCAAAUAUUUGUUUCUGAGUGUAAUAAUUGAGAUUUAAGGUUUGUUGAUGCCUACCAGAUACUACUCUCCACCUCUUAUUUUGACAGUGUUGUGAUAUCUGAGAACAGAGCUUCAGAAACUGUGAUUUCUCAAUUUUAGACAAAUUUUUAACUUUUUCAAACAGAUUUAUAAAAUGGAAAAAUAAAAAAAUGUUGGUCCCAGAAAAAGAAUGAAAAACACGGCCACCUUCCAGCAAGAAAUAGUUGAAGGCACUUUUGAUCUCUAUUAAACAUGAUGUCACAGCUUGUUAAUCUGUCUGUAUGAGCAUGUGACACUACAGUGUUCACACAGUAUGUCCUUCGACGCUUUUGAAGAGAGGUUGGAAAUAGUAUGUGAUUCUGUCUCUGUUCGAUUGAGUUUUCAAGAUUUUUGAAGCCCUGCUCAAGAACAGUGAAGAGGGUUGUUUAUGUAUCAAAGACCUGAUCAUUAGGUGUUUCAUGAAAGUGAAAUGAUUAUUAUGUUUUUGGUUGCAUGCAUUUUGUUGUAUAUCCAAAGAUACCUUACCCCCUACAACUUGCAAUAUUUAUUUAUUAUUUAUAUAAAAUGAUUUUAUGUAUAUCGUGCGUAGUAUGGUUUUAUGUAAUAGCUCACACUACCUGGCAAAAGUAACUCUAAAUUUACAGAUACAGUCACACUUGUAUUAACCUUUAACCUGCUGGCAGCAAGUAGUUUGCCUUCGUGACCAGUGCAGACCAAGAUCAGCCUGCACAUCCGUGCGUCUGAAUUUAGUCUGCGUUGUUUGCAAUUCACUCAGUAAAUUUUCAGUGAACACCCCUUUGAAUAAUAAGUGGUACUACCCAGAUUGAAUGAUGAACUAAUCCAUUUUUAAUCCCCCGCCGUGGAGGAGGGAUUAUAGGAAUGGUCUGCGUCCGUCCUUCCGUCCGUAACAAAAUCGUGUCCGGUCCAUAUCUCCUAAACCCCUUGAAGGAUUUUUUUAUGAAACUUGGGUCAAAUGAUCACCUCAUCAAGACGAUGUGCAGAACCCAUGAGUCAGCCUUGUCGGUUCAAGGUCAAGGUCACAACUCAAGGUCAAAGGUUUGAGCCUGCCAUUUUGUGUCCGCUCUAUAUCUCGUAAACCCCUUGAAGGAAUUUUAUAAAACUUGGGUCGAAUGAUCACCUCAUCAAGACAAUGUGCAGAACCCAUGAGUCAGCCAUGCCAGCUCAAGGUCAAGGUCACAACUGAAGGUCAAAGGUUUUGAGCCUUCCAUUUUGUGUCCGCUCUAUAUCUUCUAAACUCCUUGAAGGAUUUUCAUGAAACUUGGGUCAAAUGAUCACCUCAUCAAGAUGAUGUGCAGAACCCAUGGGUCAGCCUUGUCGGCUCAAGGUCAAGGUCAAAACUCAAGGUCAAAGGUUUGAGCCUUCCAUUUUGUGUCCGCUCUAUAUCUCCUAAACCCCUUGAAGGAAUUUUAUUAAACUUGGGUCAAAUGAUCACCUCAUCAAGACGAUAUGCAGAACCCAUGAGUCGGUCAUGCUGGCUCAAGGUCAAGGUCACAACUUAGGGUCAAAGGUUUGAGCCUUCCAUUUUGUGUCCGCUCUAUAUCUCCUAAACUCCUUGAAGGAUUUUCAUCAAACUUGGGUCAAACGAUCACCUAAUCAAGGUGAUGUGCAGAACUUAUGAGUCAGCCAUGUCAGCUCAAGGUCAAGGUCACAACUGAAGGUCAAAGGUUUGAGCCUUCCAUUUCGUGUCCGCUCUAUAUCUCCUAAUCCCCUUGAAGGAAUUUUAUAAAACUUUACCUCAUCAAAAUGAUGUGCAGAAAUUAUGAGUCAACCAUGCCAGCUCAAGGUCAAGGUCACAACUAAGGGUCGAAGGUUUGAGCCUUCCAUUUUGUGUCCACUCUGUAUCUCCUAAACCCCUUGAAGGAUUUUCAUCAAACUUGGGUCAAAUGAUCACCUCAUCAAGAACUCAUGAGUCAGCCAUGUCAACUCAAGGUCAAGGUCACAGCUGAAGGUCAAAGGUUUCAGCUCUGUAUCUCCUAAAGCCCUUGAAGGAUUUUCAUGAAACUUGGGUCAAAUGAUCACCUCAUCAAGACAUUGUACAGAAUUCAUGAGUCAGCCAUGUCAGUUCAAGGUCAAGGUACGGCUAAAAUCAAAGGUUUACCCUUUCACUAUCCAUAGCAGUGGCGGGGGAUUUAGCUGUUGAUGUACAGAGGUACUACCCAUGUGCCCACUUGUGCCAGAAAUACUGUUAGGAGUGGCACUUCGGGUGUUUUUACCGACAGAGACAAUAGAAAGAUGCAAUAUGACCAAAAUUGUAUUGAUAGGACUUAAAACCCGAAAACAAAAAUUACUAAAAAGUCAUACUGUGAGGGACAUGAAAUAGAGCUUGGCUUAAGAAUCUUAAAUCUUCGGGGGGUUUUUUAAUAGAUAGACAAAUUUAAAAAAAGUUGAUAGUUGCAUAAUGUAUACCUGUAAGUACCAGAUCUUGGACCUAAUGCAUAUUUUUGAAAAGUAGUGUGAGGGUUAUUUGGAAACGUACUGUUGUCACAUGAUUUUAUUUUUAUUUAUCGCAUGCAAAAAAUGACAAAUGUUCUGAUCAUAUGUUAUAUUCAGUGUACAAAGUGUCAUUUAACAUAGUUCAUUUUCUGCAUAUUGUCAAAGAAAUCAUUCAUAAAAUGUGUAUCGGUUGUUGUCAAAUGUGAUACAAAUUCAAAGUGGUUUUCAGCAUAAAUUUUUCACUGGUCAUAAAAUUAUAAACAAUGUUUAAAGAUUAUGAUUGUAAGGUUGGAGAUUUAAUCUCAAAACUCCACUUACAUUCUUAUUGGAUGUUUUUAGCACUGUUUUGGAGAUGACCAUGUUUGCAUAUUUGGACUGGUCUCGAAACCUUGCAGUCUUGUUACAAAUUGGAAUUUGGGAACAAGUCUAAAAAACACAACUUUCGAAAUUGACAGAUGGCAAGAUUACAUUCACUGAUUUCUAAUGUCAGUUUUAUAACUUUACUGGUUACUAAGUGGAGUUUGGGAACCAAUUCUUAAACAGUAGCAAUUCAUUGGUUGUUACUGAACACUGUUUCAAAAUUAACCAAUGGCAAGAGUGCAUUUUUGACUUGUCUCCAAAAUCAGUUUUAGGCUCCAAAACUCUGGGCUCCAAAUCAUUAUAUGAUUUUAUAUCCAUGAAGUUUUAAGCCCUUACUUGGGCAAGCUGGUCUUCUAAUUUUCUUCUUCCUGAGUUGCAGUUACCAAGACAGAAUCAGCAGUAUAUAUCGGCUCACAAUGCAAGUGAUUCCUGGUUUAGAUGGGGAAUACUUGACAUGUACAACAAUAUGCAAUAAAUUUCUAUACAUUAAAAUUGAAAAUGUUUUUUAAAAAAUGAACCACUUUGGUGGCUACAUGUUUAAAACUUCGCAUUCCGGUUACAACCAACUAUCACACAAUAAAAUUGAUUUGAGACACUCUAGUGUGGAAUAAAAUCUCGCUAAAUUCUGUAAAAAAAUUCUAGAUCUUGUUUCUUCAUGAAUAUGUUUGCUUUGGCAAUUCACUUUAUUUAAUAAGUAUGUAGGUGUUCAUUGAACUGAUACAUGAUCUCUUAAGAAAAGUUGUGAUUCUGUUAUCUACAGUAUCUGUUGUUACUGCUGAUGUUUUUAAAAACAUGAUUUGAACUUUGACAACUGAGACUUAUUGAGAUAAUAAAUGAAAUACUGCAUGUACCCUUCCCCUGUAAAAGUUUGAAAUUCACAACCUGGCUAAUAUUUCUGUUCUUCCAUUUAACUUAUUUCUCUAGUCAAUAAUUGUUUAUUUCAUUAUGCUGCUGUUUGUUCUAUGUUUAAUGUAUAGUUGGUCUUAUGUAACAAGAGUUGUCAUUUUAAUGUUAGAUUCACAUAUUCUUUAUCAGGAGUUUGAGAGAAAUCUUCAAUGAGUCCAUAAAAGUUACCAUAUACGACAUGGUUUUGUAAAGGAAUUUUACGGUAUUAACUGAUUUCAGUUUACAGACAAUUAGCAGGAUGGGAGAUAUCCCAGUAAUAAAUGAUAUUUUGAUCAUCCAGUCGAAAUAACAUUAAUAUUUUCAAAAUUUAUUACUACAGAUAUUUUUCAGCACCUAUUGAGUACUGUUAAAUGAUAUAUGUAAACUCCUUCUUGCCAUGAAGUGUAUAACGUUGAGAAGAAUAAAAAACUGAUGUUUACUAAUGAUGGAGAGACAAAUGAGGUUAUUAAUGUCUCAUAGGACACACUCCCACCUCCUGUUCCCCUCACCUGUAUGAUUAUUUUUGAACCCCAUCCCAUUUUUAUGGGUAGGGCAAACACCUGUCUUGUUAAAAUUUGAAGAGCUGAUACAGAUCCCAUCUCAUUCAUAGCAGAGUGAGCGAUUUUCUUUCUGACAUGUUCAAAACUGCAGACAGUUUUUUUCUUCCUUGAAUUUUUAGUAGGAGGGUUUUUGUCCCAUCUUAUAUUGCAAAAGGAUUGGUUUUGAUAUACUUGUAAAAAAUUUGACAGGUUUUUCAAAAUAUGGAGUUUCUUCCCGAGAGGGGUAAUGUCUGGGAUAUGCUUAACCAGAAUUAUCAAAAUUUGUGGGAGUUUCAUACAAAUGGGUAGUGUCUGGGAGGGGCUUUAAGCCAGAUUUAUCAAAAUUAGUAGGAAUUUCAUCCGAGAUAGUAAUGUUUGGGAGGGGCUUUAUGCCAGAUUUAUCAAAAUAAGUAGGAAUUUCAUCCGAGAUAGUAAUGUUUGGGAGGGGCUUUAAGCCAGAUUUAUCAAAAUUAGUAGGAAUUUCUUCUGAGAUAGUAAUGUUUGGGAGGGGCUUAGCCAGAUUUAUCAAAAUUUAUGGGAGUUUUUUCUGAGAGGGAUGGUGUCUGGGAGGGACUUGGCCAGAUAUAUUAUAAUUAGUGGGAGUUUCAUCAGAGAGGGGUACUAGUAAUGCCUGGGCUUGGUUUUGUCCUGAAAUGAAAUGUAUAGAUUGAAAAAAAACUUACUCCUUGAUCAGUUUUUGAUCAAAUUUCUUCAAAUAUAAGUACAUAAUUGUACCCCCCGACAACAAAGUUGUAAGGGGGGGUAUUCUGGUUUCAGGUUGUCUGUCUGUCUGUCUGUCCGUCUGUCCGUAGGCGCAAUCUUGUGCGCACCAUCUCUCCUUAUCCCCUUGACAGAAUUUAAUGAAACUUCACACAAGUGAUCAGUACCAACAGUAGUUGUGCAUGGGGCAUGUUAGGUUCUUUUAGAAAAAAAAUUUGCAGAGUUAUGGAACUUUGUUUUUUUGUUACUAUACUAUAUACAUAGACACAGUCUUGUGCGCACCAUCUCUCCUCAUCCCCUUUACACAAUUUAAUGAAACUUCCCACAAGUGAUCAGUACCAACAGUAGUUGUGCAUGGGGCAUGUUAGGUUCCUUUAGAAAAAAAAUUUGCAGAGUUAUGGGACUUUGUUUUUUUGUUACUAUACUAUAUACAUAGACACAAUCUUGUGCGCACCAUCUCUCCUCAUCCCCUUGACAAAAUUUAAUGAAACUUCACACAAGUGAUCAAUAACAACAGUAGUUGUGCAUGGGGCAUGUUAGAUUAUUUCAGAAAAAAAAUUUGCAGAGUUAUGGGACUUUGUUUUUUUUGUUACUAUACUAUAUACAUAGACACAAUCUUGUGCACACCAUCUCUCCUCAUCCCCUUGACACAAUUUAAUGAAGCUUCACACAAGUGAUCAGUACCAACAGUAGUUGUGCAUGGGGCAUGUUAGGUUCUUUCAGCGACAAAAAUUGCAGAGUUAUGGGACUUUGUUUCUUGUUAACAUACUAUGUACAUACAGUCUGCAUAUGCAAUCUUGUGCGUGCCUAAUCUACCAAACCCUUGCACACAAUUUAAUGAAACUUCACACAAGUGAUCAGUACCAACCCUAGUUGUGCAUGGUGCAUGUUACAUUCUUUUAGAUAAAUAUUCUGCAUAGUUGUGGGACUUCGUUUUUUGUUACUAUACUGUAUACAUACAGUCUAUAUACAUACAGUCCACAUAAUUAUGCAAUCUUGUGUGCGUCAAAUUGCAAUGUACUGUGUCAGUGCAUGCGGGGGGUACAUUCAUCACCUUUAGUGAUAGCUCUAGUUUAAAUUACAUUUUGUAUUUGAUAUUAUCCUUCAAAAAAUAAUAAGACACUUCACAUUAUAUUCAGAUAUAAUAAAUAGCUAUUCCUUCAGAUAUAACAGGUAUUUUAAAUUUGCAAUUUGCGGGGAUGCAUGGAUGUUUUAUUUAAUGUUUACAGUUUUUAUGUAAAUAAGUCCCAUUUUGUUAUUUAACAAAUUCUUAUAUAGAUUGUGCAUGUCAUACAGUAUGAGUAUUAUAUCUUGAACAUUUUGUAUACUUAAAAAUAAUAAAAAUAUACAACUA